AUGAUUUCACCGUGGGACCGGUGGUACUCGACGAGCUGCUGCCUCUGCUGCCAUGUACGGACGGGCACCAUCAUCCUGGGAAUAUGGUACAUGCUCAUCAAUGCAGUGGUCUUACUCAUCUUGUUGUCGGCUCUCAAUGACCCAAUUCAGUACCGCUACCACCUUACCAGCUCCGAGCUGGGGACCGACAUCGACGUCAUGGACGAUGCAAAUAUCUGCAUAGCCACUGCAAUAUCCCUGCUCAUGAUUCUUAUAUGUGGCAUGGCAACAUACGGUGCUUACAAGCAACACGCUGCUUGGAUCAUUCCAUUCUUCUGCUACCAAAUCUUCGACUUUGCCCUUAACACACUGGUAGCCAUUAGUGUGGUGGUUUACCCCAACACGGUGCAGGACUACCUCCAGCAGCUGCCGGGGACAUUCCCUUACAAAGAGGACAUCAUGUCCACCAACAAUAUGUGCCUAGUUUUCGCAGUUCUUCUCUUCAUUGGCUGCAUCCUCUCCUUCAAGGCCUACCUGAUUGGCUGCGUGUGGAACUGCUACAGAUACGUGAGCGGCAGGGGCACCACAGAGGUCCUGGUUUAUGUCACCACCAACGACACCACGGUUCUGCUGCCACCGUACGAGGAAGCCAUCGCCAUCCCGCCGAAGGAGCCCCCGCCUCAGUAUAUGGAGGCAUGAGAGGAGUCCUCUACGGAUCCCAAACACCCCAACACCCAUCUCCCCAACACUUCCCACGAUGGUUGGAACACCCCGAAA